AUGAUGAAAGAGUACAAAUUAGUAGUAGUCGGAGGUGGUGGUGUUGGUAAAUCGGCCCUCACCAUUCAGUUGGUUCAAAGUCAUUUCGUCGAUGAAUAUGACCCAACCAUUGAAGAUUCUUAUCGUAAACCUUGUACCAUUGAUGGAGAACAGGUACUCUUGGAUGUGUUGGAUACUGCCGGACAGGAGGAAUACUCGGCUAUGCGCGAGCAAUAUAUGCGUACUGGUGAAGGAUUCUUAUUGGUAUAUCUGAUUAAUCUGCGUGAUUCUUUGGAAGAACUUCAACAAUUUUAUGAGCAGAUUCAAAGGGUAAAGGAUCUGGAUACGGUUCCGGUUUUGGUUGUUGGAAAUAAAUGUGAUUUGGAGAUUGAACGUCAGGUGAGUUAUGAAGAAAGGAUUGGAAUUGGCAAAACUGUUUGGUUGUGCAUUUCUUGA